AUGUCUUCAUCAAACGCUGCAGCGGAUGCUGCCUGGGUUGAACCCACCAAGAAUGACAAGCCGAGCAAGGAUGCGGACUUGAAGCACGCCUGGGCGUUCCUUCGCGUCGGUGUCGAGCACAUCAUGACUCGUCUCCACAUGGGAAUGAGCUACUCGUACUACAUUCUCCUCUACACGGCGAUCUACGACUUUUGUACGCAGAACCGCCCGCACACCUCUGCCUUUGGUGCUGGACACCGAGGCGGGGCCAGUCUGCAGGGUGCGGACUUGUACCGCAGCUUGCACAAUUACCUCUCGGACCACUGCAAGCAGAUGCGCGAGGAAGGCGAGAAGCUCUCAGACCUCGAGCUCCUCAAGUUCUACGCCAAGCAGUGGGACCGAUACACCACCGGCGCCAACUACGUCAACAAGAUGUUCAACUACUUGAACAAGCACUGGGUCAAGCGCGAGAAGGAUGAGGGAAGGAAGGAGGUGUACACUGUCUACACUCUCGCCCUGGUGGCGUGGAAGCAGAACUUCUUCAAGCACCUCAACCCGGGCGCGGGCGGUGUCUCCCGCCUCACCCAGGCGCUUCUCAAGCAGAUUGAGCUCCAGAGGAACGGCGAGCAGGUGGACUCGGGUCUCCUCAAGCGCGUCAUUGACAGCUACGUCUCUCUCGGUCUGGACGAAGCCGACGCUCAGCGCUCCAACCUCGAAGUCUACAAGGAGCACUUCCAGGAGCACUUCAUCGCCGCCACCCAGGCGUACUACAAGGCCGAAUCUACCGACUUUGUCGCCAACAACUCGGUCAGCGACUACAUGAAGAAGGCGGAGGACAGGCUUCAGGAGGAGGCGGAUCGUGUCAACUUGUACUUGAACGAUACGACCAAGAAGGAUCUCAAGGAGACUUGCGAGAAGGCGCUCAUUGCUGCUCACUCGGACAUUAUUGUCGACGAGUUCCAGCCGCUCCUCAACGCCGACAAGAACGAUGAUCUGACCCGGAUGUACGGUCUCCUCAUGCGUAUCCCGAACGGUCUCGAGCCUCUCCGCAAGAAGUUUGAGGAGCACGUCAAGCUCUCUGGCUGCGCGGCGGUCCAGAAGAUCAUGCCUACCCCUGCGGCGGGGGCUGAGAGCUCCAAGACUGAGUCUGUGGACCCCAAGGCGUACGUCGAGGCUCUGCUCGAGGUGCACUCCAAGUACUCGGACGUUGUCAAUGGACCGUUCCGCGCCGAGCUUGGCUUCAACGCUAGUCUCGACAGGGCCUGCCGCGAGUUUGUCAACCUCAACCCUGCGGCCAGCAACUCGACCCGGUCCCCCGAAUUGCUCGCUUCGCACACCGACCAACUCCUCCAGAAGAAUAACAAAGAGGUGGAUGCCGAUACCCUCGAAAAGGCGCUCGAACAGGUCAUGGUCGUCUUCAGGUUCGUCACCGACAAGGAUGUCUUCCAGAAGUUCUACGGGAAGAAGCUCGCCAAGCGUCUCGUCAACCACACGUCUGCUUCGGACGACAGCGAGAGUUCGAUGAUUACCAAGCUCAAGGCGGAACAAGGGUUUGAUUAUACCAACAAGUUCACGAGGAUGUUCCAGGAUGUCAAUCUCAGUCGGGAUUUGACGGAACGGUUCAAGGAGAAAGAGCGGAGCCAGGGUAUCUCUUCUGACCUCGACUUCCAGUGUCAAGUCCUGGGGACCAACUUCUGGCCGUUCAAUCCACCCGCGACGGAGUUUACUAUUCCUCGCGAGAUUUCACCGACGUUUGACCGAUUCGUCAAGUUCUACAAUGAGGCUCACUCCGGUCGAAAGCUUACGUGGCUCUGGCACGUCUCCAAGAAUGAGCUCAAGACGACCUACCUCGCUCAGAAGUACAUCUUCAUGACAUCGGCAUACCAAAUGUCGAUCCUCACUCAGUUCAACGAGAGCGAUACGCAUACGUUCAAGGAGCUGCAGACGGCCACGUCGAUCGCGGAGGGGAUUCUCAAGCCCCAGUUGGUGGUGUUGGUCAAGAUGAAGGUGUUGCUCCAGGAUGACGAUACGUACGAGUUGAACCUGAACUUCAAGGCCAAGAAGAUCAAGGUACAGCUCAACCAGCAAAUCAAGUCGGAGCAGAAACAGGAGCAUACCGAGACAUUGGCGGCAGUGGAUGAGGACAGGAAGUUUGUGUACCAAGCGACGAUCGUCAGGUUGAUGAAGUCGAGGAAGACCAUGAAGCACCAAGCUUUGAUCCAGGAAGUCACCGCUACGAUCUCUACCAAGUUCACGCCCAAGAUCCCGGAGAUCAAGAAGGGUAUCGAUCAUCUCAUUGAGAAGGAUUAUUUGGAGCGUGCCGAGGGGUCGAACGAUACCUACAACUAUCUCGCUUAG